UAGCAGCAGGAGAAACGCCGCAGACGAGCUGAGACAGAGUGGUGCUCGUCUCCAGUGCCGCUCAGUCACAAACCCAGCGCUCAUCUGUGAAGUGGAGCCAAAAUGGAGGUUCCACUUGAGGAAGAUGAAGCCAGCUCCUCGCCCAACUUUGAGUACAGAGGCGCUCAUCUGGCCUUCAGAGACCGCUGGAAGGGGACGGACGACGCCAUGUGUCGCCACAGCAUGUCCUUUCACCUGCACCACACGCUGAGGAGCGAGUUCUUCGCCAGCUAUCUGUACCUGCUGGAGAAGGUUCCUCUGGUGAAGCUGUACCCCGUCACCUGUGAGUACAUCAAGGGAGAGAAGCAGUUCUACUACAGGGCUCAACAGUUCUACCAGGACGUCCCGGCGUCCGUCGAAGGCAUGAUGGGAGACUUUGUUGAAAUUUCCAAUAUUGACCUGGAGGGUUCACGACAGUUUCUGAAGAGGUUUGUGGGUUCUGGUAAGGCCGGCACACACCGGGCCCUGGACUGCGGCUCGGGGAUCGGCCGCGUCACCAAAGGCGUCCUCCUCCCUGUGUUUGAGAAGCUGGAGAUGGUGGACAUGAUGGAGCACUUCCUGCUGCACGCACACGAGACGUACCUGGGCGCCGACGCCGACCGCAUCGAGACCUACUACUGCUACAACCUGCAGGAGUUCACGCCUCCAAAGGACAAGUAUGACCUCAUCUGGAUGCAGUGGGUUGCAUGUCACCUCACAGACAAAGACCUGAUGAACUUCCUGAUUAGUUGUAAGAGGAGCCUGCGUCCCAAUGGCAUCAUCAUAAUAAAGGACAAUAUGGCCCGACAGGGCUGCAAACUGGACCCCAUCGACAGCAGCAUCAGCCGUCACCUGGACAUCAUGAAGGGCAUCAUUGCCAUGGCGGGCCUGGAGGUUCUGGCCGUGCAGAGGCAGGACGGCUUCCCUGAGAUCGUCAUGCCCGUCUGGAUGAUUGCAAUGAAAUUGAAGUGAGGUUCUGAGCUCACACAAAAAGUCACUCAAACUGUGCUGCAAAGCUCAGCAGACAAUCAGCUCAGAUCCUGUGAUCGUGUGCUAGAACCGGAGCCGGGUGGAACCCCGAUGAUGCUACCGUAGCGGCUCUGCUCACUUUCAAAGUCUCGGUUCCAGCUGGCUAAGAUCAGAAUCCAAUCAGCAGGUCCGGACCGAAGCAGGUGGAGACGGGCUCCUGUGCAGAACCAGCGCAUGCAGCUUUGUUGUCGUGUUGUUUGUACUUUGUGCUUGUAAUAUUGCAGAUAAAUCAUUUGUAGAUUCUUG